UUCCACCGUUCCCCGUAUUAUUUUCCUUACUCUAUUCCAAAAAAAGUAAAAAAAAAAUCUAUGUAACCCAACUACAUUUAUUUGUUUUUCAAAAUAUAUCUUUAAUUGAUUCACAAGGGUAAAAACAAUGUCACCCAGAUCACCUCUAAGAAAUGCAGCUUUGGUAUGCAAUGUUGCUAUUUGGCUGCUCAUCUUGAUUUGCAGAGAAGGUAGAUUGGUAAAAGCACAAUCAACAGUUUCAUACAAGGGAUGGAAUUGCAGGAAACACAGUGCAUUUGUAACUGAAUAUGGAGCCAAAGGAGAUGGAAAGACGCUUAAUACCAAGGCAUUUGAGUCUGCAAUUCAAAACCUUUCCAAAUUUGCCGCUGAUGGUGGGGCUCAGCUUAUUGUUCCACCGGGAAAGUGGCUAACCGGUAGUAUCUCUCUUAUCAGCCACUUCACUCUUUACCUUCAUAAGGAUGCUGUUCUUCUUGCUUCCCAGGAUCAGAAAGACUUCCCAAUGCUUACACCAUUGCCAUCUUACGGUAAAGGAAGUGACGCCCCUGCUGGUCGUUAUCAAAGUCUUAUCUUUGGAACCAACCUUACUGAUGUGGUUGUUACAGGCGCGAAUGGGACACUUGAUGGGCAAGGUGAACCUUGGUGGACAAAAUAUAGGGCCAAGCAAAUAAAUGAGUCGAGGCCUAACUUGAUAGAGUUCGUGUACUCUAAUCAAGUCCAAAUCUCCGAUAUCACCUUGCUCAACUCUCCUAAUUGGAAUGUCCACCCUACUUAUUGCAAAGAUGUGAUAAUUAGUGGAUUGACCAUCCUUGCACCAACUCAUUCUGCGAACACAGAUGGUAUUGAUCCAGAUUCAUGCACAAAUGUCAAGAUUGAGAACAACUACAUAGUCUCAGGAGAUGACUGCAUAGCAAUCAAGAGUGGGUUGGAUGAGUAUGGAAUCACCUUCAACAUGCCAACAACGAACGUGAUCAUCCGCAACCUCACGUGCUUCUCUCCAACGAGUGCCACCAUUGCGCUCGGGAGUGAGAUGUCAGGCGGGAUCAGCAACGUACGGGCUGAGGACAUCACAGCCAUCAACACCGAGUCAGCAGUCCGAAUCAAGAGUUCUGCAGGACGGGGUGCUUUUGUCAAAGACAUCUAUGUAAGGAGAGUGACAAUGAAGACCAUGAAAUACGUUUUCUGGAUGACAGGGUACUAUAGCUCGCACGCUGACACAGGCUUUGACCCGAAGGCGCUACCCGCCAUCGACAACAUCAACUACAGGGAUAUGACAGCUGAGAACGUGACCAUGCCGGGUUAUUUGGAGGGGAUCGCGGGGGAUACUUACAAGGGGAUUUGUAUGUCAAAUGUUACAAUCGGGUUGGCCUCGGUACCUAACAAGAUGUUGUGGAACUGUACUAAUGUUGAAGGGGUUACUAGUCGGGUCACACCUCAGCCUUGUGCGUUGUUGAAGGAGGACGCCAAGGUUACGGAUUGCAAAUUCCCCGAGGAUAAGUUGCCAAUUGAUCAGGUGGUGCUGAAAGUUUGUGCAGCGCCUGUUCUGGCUUAAGUUUAUGUAGCAAUAUAGGGGAUGUGCUUUGUUUUGUUUUUGGUUGAUUUUAGCUUGGCUAAUAUGGCGUUUUCCAUGUAACGUGACUAACGCCUAUUUAAGUAUGUACUCGUAAUAAUAUUAGGAUUUGAACUCUUGAUCUCGAUGUCCCUCAUCGGUUUUUUGAGUGUGUAAUUUAAAUAUAAUGUGGUUGUUAAUCAAAAUUCUUGACUCCUUGAGUUCUA